AUGUUUAAGAAAAGACGUGUGAAAGAGUCUUCAAUAGCACAGCACAGUAUCAAACGUCUUCGAAUAGAAUUAGAAGAAAAAGCAGGUCAAGAUGUUGAGAAUAGAGAUUCACUAGUAACAAAUGAACCUCAGUUGGAUAAUACUAGGGCAAGCUCUGUAGAGGUAAGUGAAUCAGCGCCAGAGGAAGUUAUAACUGCUGAUAGCAAAGAGAUUAAUGUUGGGACUUCUCAUGCCACUAAUAAGGACGAUGUUAAGUAUAAGCUUUCUUCAAAUGAUGAUGCAGUGAAAGAGGAUGUUCUGAAUAAAGAAGCUUUGGGAGAAUCUCGUAAGCCACAGCCAGUUAGAUCCCUGAUGAGUUCUAAACCGCUUAAAGGCUCCUCGAAGAAAAUCCAUCAACCGGUUAACAUAAGAACAACACUCUUGAUGGAUUAUCAACCUGAUGUAUGUAAGGACUUCAAGCAAACUGGCUAUUGUGGGUAUGGUGAUAGUUGUAAGUUUCUACAUUCUAGAGAUGAUUUCAAGACAGGUUGGAAAUUAGAUCAAGAUUGGAAAACCAAAGCAGGUAUCGAUGUCGAGAAAUUAGAAGAAGAGAUGAAAGAAAUCCCCUUCAAAUGUGUCAUUUGUAAAAACGAUUAUAAAAGACCCGUUGUCACUAAAUGUGGUCAUUAUUUUUGUAGCUUGUGUUUUACUGACAGAUGUAAGAACUCUACAAACUUGUUUUGUUUGUGGUAA